UUGUGAAACAAUUAUUAAUCCGACUGGGAAAAGUCCGCAACAUGUCAGCUAUGAAAGUUGUUGAUAUUAGGAACAAAAUCUUGUAUAGCGUUCAAUUGCAAAUGAUAAGCUUAGGAAAGAAUGCAAUAUAUAAAUAUGCCUGCUGGAGUUUGGUCUCGCUAUUGCCAAUGUGGUUGUAUUACAAAUGGCGUGAGGGUCCUGCGUACUUAAAGAAAAAUCGCAUAGAUGGUAAAGUGGUUAUAGUAACCGGCAGCAGUACUGGCAUAGGCAAAGAAAUAGCCUUGGAAUUGGCCAAAAGGGGUGGUCGCAUCUACAUGGCCUGUCAUGAAUUUGAAAUAUGUGAAAGAGCUCGUCAGGAAAUAAUUCAACUGUCGGGCAAUGCAAACGUCUUCAAUUGCCUAUUAGAUUUGUCUUCUUUGCAAUCAGUGCGUAAUUUUGUAAAAAAUUUCAAACAACAAGAAGAUCGUUUGGAUAUACUCAUCAAUAAUGCAGGGAUUUUGGCUACACCUUAUAAACUAACCGAGGAUGGCUAUGAGCAGCAAUUCGCAAUCAAUCACUUGGGUCAUUUUUUACUUACAAAUCUUUUAAUGGAUAAAUUGGAAAAUUCUGCUCCAAGUCGCAUAGUGGUUUUGAGUUCUGCAUCUUAUAUUUUUGGCCAAAUUCAAAAGGAUGAUAUCAAUAGCGAGAAGAGUUAUAAUGCCUUUAAGGCUUAUUGCUCUAGCAAGUUGGCGAAUAUUUUAUUUACACGCAAAUUAGCUAAAAUUUUGAGAAGUUCAAAUAUUAAAGUUGAUGUUAACUGUUUACACCCCGGCCCUGUUCAAAGUGAUAUAACCAAAAAUAAUGCUAUACUAAAAGUGGCCAGUGCCUUGGGUUCCAAACUGCUGUUGCGUUCAACGAAAAUGGGAGCUCAAACGGCUUUGUAUUUGGCUUUGGACCCUGAAGUGGAGGGUAUGUCAGGAGGUUACUAUGAUCGCAUGUCUUUGGCGAAACUGCAAAGGAAAGCUGAAGAUGAUGAAAUGGCCGAUUGGCUGUGGGAAAAAAGUGCUGAAAUGGUAAAGGUGAAGACUAACAACUGACAUGAGUCAUUUUAUGAUUGAAAUCAAGCAAAUAAAAUUUUUUUCUAGUUGA